AGAAACCCAGUAGAAAAAAACCUAAGGCUUCGUUCGCUUCUUCUUCUUCUCUUCUGCCGGGCUACCAAGUCUCACCCGAGGCAAAGAUCUGGGCUCCAAAUCUGCUUUCUCUCUCUCUUCUCCGGAGUCUCUAUAUUACGACGGCGCCCUCAAAUCAUCUUCUGGUUGUUCUAGACUUGUUGUAUUGGGGUAGAAAAGAGGUGACUGAUAGCCAUGUCGACUUUUGCCAAACCGGAGAAUGCCCUGAAGCGUGCCGAAGAAUUAAUCAAUGUUGGACAAAAGCAAGCUGCCCUGCAAGCCCUACAUGAUCUGAUCACUUCAAAAAGGUAUCGAGCAUGGCAAAAGACGCUUGAGCGGAUAAUGUUCAAAUAUGUGGAGCUCUGUGUGGACAUGCGGAGGGGUAGGUUUGCCAAGGAUGGUCUCAUUCAGUACAGGAUUGUAUGCCAGCAAGUGAAUGUUAAUUCGUUAGAGGAGGUGAUCAAGCACUUCAUGCAUCUAUCCACUGAGAAAGCAGAGCAAGCUCGUAGUCAGGCACAGGCCUUAGAGGAAGCUCUUGAUGUUGAUGAUCUAGAAGCAGAUAAAAGGCCAGAAGACCUAAUGCUAAGCUAUGUCAGUGGAGAGAAAGGAAAGGACAGGUCUGAUCGUGAACUUGUAACCCCUUGGUUCAAAUUCUUAUGGGAAACAUACAGAACAGUUCUUGAAAUUUUGCGUAACAACUCAAAGUUGGAAUCACUCUAUGCGAUGACAGCACAUCGGGCUUUCCAAUUCUGUAAACAAUACAAACGGACAACAGAGUUUCGCAGGCUAUGUGAAAUCAUCAGGAAUCAUCUGGCAAAUCUUAACAAAUAUAGAGACCAGAGGGAUCGGCCUGAUUUGUCGUCUCCAGAAAGCUUGCAGCUCUAUCUUGAUACAAGGUUUGAGCAGCUCAAGAUUGCUACUGAACUUGAACUCUGGCAGGAAGCUUUUCGUUCAGUUGAAGAUAUUCAUGGACUUAUGUGCAUGGUUAAGAAGACCCCUAAGCCAUCCUUGAUGGUCAUAUAUUAUGCAAAGCUGACGGAAAUAUUUUGGGUUUCUGAGAGCCAUCUUUACCAUGCUUAUGCAUGGUUGAAACUUUUCACACUUCAGAAAAGUUAUAAUAAGAACUUAACCCAGAAAGAUUUGCAAUUGAUAGCAUCAUCUGUUGUUUUGGCUGCACUCUCUGUGACCCCUUAUGAUCACACCCAUGGUGCAUCUCAUCUGGAGCUUGAAAAUGAGAAGGAACGCAAUCUUAGGAUGGCUAGCCUUAUAGGUUUUAAUUUAGAUCCUAAACGCGAGAGCAGAGAAAUGCUUGCGAGGACGUCACUUCUCUCAGAUCUGGUCUCCAAAGGUGUAAUGACCUGUGUGUCUCAGGAAGUGAAAGAUCUUUACCAUCUUUUAGAGCAUGAUUUUUUUCCUUUAGAUCUUGCUUCAAAAGUGCAACCUCUGUUGACAAAGAUCUCCAAGCUUGGGGGUAAGCUUGCUUCAGCUUCUGCUGUUCCCGAAGUGCAACUUUCACAGUAUGUUCCUGCCCUGGAAAAGCUUGCUACCUUGAGAUUGCUACAACAGGUGCUUGUCAUUUUCAGUUCUCUGUUCCAUACUUUAUUGGGCUCUAAGCGAUCCGAAUUCCGACUUUUGGAACCCGGAUCCGCAUCAUUUGGUCAACCUUGUUUCUCUCAUUUCGCUGUGGUUUUCUGUUAUGUUUACUUGAACAUACUGACUGGAAUGCUUCAUGCUACUUUGCAGCAAGAGAUUGAGCUGAGCAGACAGCGACAUGCUGGAGACCUACAGGAAAAGAACAGGUUGGCUCGCAUGCUGGACCAAAAGACAAUAUUCCAGGAGAAAAUUGUCAGCCGUCGAGAAGUUGAAAUUAAUAAGUUGAAAAGGGGAAGAGAGGAAAGAAUCAAGCAACUUCUUCAGGCCCGGAAGCAGGAGAGGGAGACUAGGAGGAAGUUGAUAUUCUAUCUGAGGUCUGAGGAGGAGAGGUUAAAUAAGUUGCAUGAAGAAGAGGAGGCUCGGAAGCGUGAAGCGGAAGAGCGGCGAAAGAAGGAAGAAGCAGAGCGUAAAGCAAAGUUGGAUGAGAUUGCUGAAAAACAGAGGCAAAGGGAGCGGGAAUUGGAAGAGAAGGAGAGGCUGAGGAGAGAAGCUCUCUUGGCAAGAUCAGUGGAGCCACCUUUGAGGUCUGCUGAGCCUCCUGUUGUGGUCCAUCAGACAGAACCAGUAGCUGCUGCUGCUGCCGCUGCCCCCAACCCUGGAAAAUAUGUUCCCAGGUUCAAGCGUGAUAAAGUAGAUGCCUCCGGGGUUGCUCCAUCUUCAGAACCUGAUCGGUGGGGCAGACAUGAUGACCGCCCACCCCAAUCUAGUGACAGGUGGCGUAGUGAUGACCGUCGGUCAUUUUCUGGGAGUGGUGGUGCAAGGUCUUCCACAUGGUCAUCUUCCAGGACUUCUUCACGUGGUGGACCUGAACGUUGACCUUUAUCUGCUUAUAGGCUUGAGCAACUAGUCUUUUUCGAGUGAAUGGACAAUUUUUCCCAUUAGUUUUUUUGCAAGGCAGGGGUUUUAGCUUCAGGGGAAUUUUGUUUCUGUUUGUGUUUUGUUUUGUACAUGCAUGAGGAGUAAGUAUUUAUAUGGCCUGCUUGAUAUUUCCAUAAAUUUCUUGAUCCAGACCCGCAAGUAAUGCAAACCUACAAAGAGAUCAAGCUUUUGUGAGAUUCCAUUAUAUUGCAGAUUGUAUUGUUCUUGUAAGACAUUCAACUAAAGACUAAUGUUAUGCCUGAAGAAAGGUGAUGUUUUGGACC